AAUGGACCAAGGCAAACAGUCAGACCAACAGGAAAUUUGUAUUACAAACAAGGCAUUUUCCCUGGGAUGAUGCUCAUAAUCCAGAGGACAUUGGAGCCCCUACAUUGUGAUUAUUCCAUCUAUAUCCACAGUGUCACCAAGGAGCAUGCUGAAACCUACUAAUGCUUGCAUAAGUCCUCAGAAGAUAAGCUGGAUAAGAGCACUUCUGUGCUUGUGAAGGGAGUUGGAGACCUCAGGCUAGAGCUCAGGAUUAUCCAGCCUCAGGAGCUAGUGCUGGUGACUUUUGGAGACACUGCCCUCUUAAAUUGCAGUCCCCCUGGCCUCAUCAGAGGGUUCCAGGGGACUGAUCUGAGCCAAGAGGCCUAAAACUUUGAAGUCAUCUCCCAGCCCAAUGUAACAGUAGUGUGGGCCUUCAACAAUGACUUUAAUAUUCUUCUGCAUGAUGUCUCCACUGAGGAUACAGGCACCUACUAAAAUGUGAAAUUUCAUAAGAAAUCCAACAUUCAAUAUUUGUCUGCACAGGGCAUCAAGCUGAGGGUGAAAGCAGCUGGGCCCAGACUCAUCCAGGAAUGUCCCUGGGGUGCACACUGUGAGUGCUCACCAGGAGUCCUGCCUAAGCUGUGCCCUGGGUCCCCAGGUCUCCUGUUUGUGUUGAGACCUGUGGUCCUGGGGCUGAAGACAGUGACCUUGGCUGCCCUCCUACUAGAUCUGGCAGCCUUCCAGGGAUGUCCUGGAUAAGACUUCAAGACCUCAGGCUCAGGAGCUGCACACAGUUUAGAAUGGGCAAGAGGCAAGAGUGAAGGCUAAACCUAUUAGUCAGUCUUCUGGGUUGGAGACAAGCCAGGAUCUUCAGCCAUUUCUCUGCUUCUAAUCGCAGCCCUUAAGUGCCCCCCCCCCAAGACUUUGAGACAAACAUACGGAUCCCUUGCACUUUGAUGAAGUCACUUGGUAAAAUUUUUCACUUGACACUGGCUCACUCACUGAUGUCUCUUCUCAGCCUGAUCAAGCCCUCCUUGUCCUUCAGAGCCUUGUCCCUGCUGCAGGCCUUUCUGGAUGCCUCCUUCUUUCUGUGCCUUUCCAUACUUUCUUUAUGUUCCAGACUCAACUCAAAGUCUUCUUCUUCCCAGGUUUCUCUGGGCAUGACAAUUCAUCUAGCCAGACCACCAGUGCCCUUCCAUUUAUGUCCCUUUCUUCCUGUUCCUUCCUUCUUUCCUUCUCCCCAUGGCUAGCUAGAGUCAGUGUAACAGAAUGCAGGUUUAGCAACAAUAACAAGGCCUUAAAAAACA